AUGGCUUUUAUGUCGGCGCUAUUCAAGCCCCAGGCUCAAACAGGGGAAUCUUUGAUGGAGAGAGCGGGCAAUCUUGCCAUUUGGGUUCUUCUGCUCACUGUUUUUUGCCAGCUGGCAUUAGUGUUCUACAAUGUUUUCAUGCACCCCCUUCGCAAGAUUCCAGGACCUCCACUUGCUCGUUGCACUCGGCUCUGGGCUCGUAUCGGCAAUUUCUAUGGUCGAAAAUCGGAAAGGGUGCAUGACGCCCACCUCAAGUACGGACCAGUGGUCAGGGUUGGUCCAAAUGAACUGUCAUUCGCGGAUCCCGCUGCUGUUAGAGAUAUCUAUACUUCUGAGAUUUUUACGAAGGAGGAAUCAUUUUAUGUCGAUAUUGUCAAGCUGAUGGCCAGUCUCAGAGACGCAGAAGCCCAUAAACAACGCCGCAAGCUGCUUUUGAGGGGAUUCUCUCAAGCGGCGAUGUUGGAGUUCGAAGAUGAUAUGUCAACCAAGAUUGAAGCAAUGUUGAAUGGGUGGGCAGCAAUAUCCCACCGAGGCUCAAUCAAUGUAUAUCCUUGGCUUCAUUGGCUUGGAUUUGAUGUUGUUUACCAUUUAAUGUUUGACGAAGAUCCUGGAUCUGUGCGAAAGGGAGAAGCACAUGAAGUCAUGCCGUACCUUAGAGCUUGGAGGCCUACAUUCAUUUAUAAAGAAUUGAUGCCCAUACUUGAAAAGUGGGGGGUCUAUAUCCCAGGGCGAAUUGGAGGACGUUUUCGCGACGUACAGGCCUGGAAGAAGUACGCCAUCGAAAUCAUCAAGAAUUGCCGCGAGAGGCAGGCGCGAACACCCUUCUUGCGCAGCGUUCUGGGUGGGGAGAAGGACGCCUUUCUUGGACGGCCAUUGACAGACUCAGAGCUUGCUGAAGAAUGUAUGGGUGGAAUGUUUGGAGGCAGCGGAACGACGGCAAAUACCCUGGUGUACCUGCUGUGGGCUUGCUUAAGACGACCGGAUGUCGUCCAGAAACUGCACGAGGAAUUAAGGCAGCACUACCACACCCCAUGCAUUGUCCCGGACUACAAGACGUGUAGUACACUCCCAUAUCUACAAGCAGUCAUCAACGAAACUCUGCGACUGUACCCAACAAUCAUUGCUACCCUACCUCGGACAGCCAGAGAGGAGGCAGUGGUGGCAGGAGUGACGGUGCCUAAAGGUACAAUUGUCGGAACUCAGAAUUACACCAUUCAUCGCAACGAAACCGCAUAUCCAAGGGCGGAAGAAUUCUCUCCUGAGCGUUGGCUUGAAGAGGAUGAGUCAGGUAGCACGCGCAAGGAGGCAUUCACACCGUUUUCGGUUGGGACUCGCAAAUGCUUUGGGAUCAAGUAA